CGCGUUUAACCAUGUGAAUUUUUUGCCUUCUCGGCUGCCGUACCUGUGCGGCUAUUUUCUGGCUAAUGCUCUUGGCUACCCACUGAAGCUGGUCAAAUGUGCUAAAAAAGACGUUUAGACCAAUUUGUCAACGACGUUUUAAAGUUGAAUAACAUGGUUGUGAAUCUCUGUCUGCCACACUUUUCUACAACCAUUCAUUGCAACAAGCUGUGUGCAGAUGGCUAUGAUGUCACAAACCUCUUGUCAGCUGACCCUGCUCUUCGAAGGCAGGGCUUCAAGCUGGAGUACUUCCUGCGUCCGCCUGUAGAAGUAACCUUGAAGUUUGGCUUCCAGGUGGAGCUCUGCAGGGUGGAUGUGGAACUGUGGCCAUGGGGUAUGGAUAAAGGACAAGCCUGCAAAAAACUGGAAAUUAGCACUAGUUCUGAUCGACUGCCGUCUCAGAGUUUUGAUAAAGAAGUAAAGCCACAACAGGGAAAGCUGGGGCAAGUAAAGGACCAAAAUGAACAGCAGCCUGACAAUAAAUCUUGGCAGAGUAAUGGCCACCGCUGGAGCGUUCAGGCCCAACAGUGGGGUGAAAAGGCUCCAGAUAAGCCUCAAGGAGUUUCCAAAUGUCGGUCACACACUGAAUCAUGUCAUCUUCAACCAGAGUUUAAACUUGUAGGUCGUUGUGAGCUUAGGGAAGAGACUGUAGUCUGUUUCACACGCUCAAAUUUUAGCCCCCGUCCCCCGUUCCUCUGCCCGCCUCCUCCACAACUCGCAAGCUGUCGGCAAGAAGCGCUGUGGAACCGCGGCCUGUCCUCGUUAGGCGCUGUGACACAACUCCGUGUGACUGUGCCAUUCGGUGGAGCAGCGUCUGCCCUGGGGCUCAAGGCGUUGGCAGUGUGGGGACAACCUGCAGGCUGCUGCCCUGCAGAAGAAGUGGAGCGCAUCAGGACGGUCCAUGAGGCCAGUAACCGACGGCUGCAGCCUGUGCUUUUCACCUCCCCUCUCAGUCAAACAAAACAACCACAGCGAACAGCCACCCCUGCAAGUUCUUCCGUCCCCGAAGAGUUCCUGGACCCCUUAACUCAGGAGGUGAUGGCGCUGCCUAUGCUGCUGCCAUGUGGUGUUUCUGUGGACAACACAACCCUGGAGGAAUACCAGAAGAGAGAGGCCACGUGGGGCCGACCCCCAAACGACCCCUUCACCGGUGUCCCGUUCACUUCGAGCUCCCACGCGCUUCCAAAUCCCCAGCUGAAAAUGCGUAUUGACCACUUUGUCUUGCAGAAGAGUGUGGUGAGGAGGGAUGGGACGUUGGGGAGGCAACAGAAUAGGGACAAUCCCCAGGCUUCAAGACUUCUAGAAUCCAAAACUGGACAGACACAAAACUCGACUGAAAGUGACAAAAUAAACACGGAAACGACGACACGGCUUCAAGGCGGUCCAUCAGGACAUACAUCACAUAAUGGAAAUAAGACAUCUGACUCGCUGCCUGCUCAAACAGAUAAAGAACUAGAGGGACAUAGACACAGGAGGCAAAAUCUAAGUAGAGUUUCCAACCAGUCAAUGGAGGAGGCACCAGAUCAGAAGCAACUACUACCUCAAGCAAAAAGACCAAGAAAUGAUGCAGAUUCUAGCUGCAGCUCUCACGAGCAGCGUCUGUCGGCCAGCCUGGAUGAGGCCCUGCUCUCCGCCUUGCAGGGUCGACCCUCCUUCACCUCCACUUUGUCUCAGCACAGAGAGACUUCUGCUGACUCUGAACCGCUGGACAGGAUGCAGCUCCAUAAGUCUUCAAGUGAGCAGACGUGCUCGGCGUGUUCCCGCUCCGUCUCCGUUUACUCUGCGUCGGCCUCGUGCGUCUACCGCCUCGCCUGCCGUCACCUGCUCUGCCACGCCUGCCUGCGCAGGGAAACGCAACCGCGACCCUCCGCCGCUGCGCCUCGGACCAAUCGGGUCGUGUGUCCCGCCUGCCGCAGCGCUACACCACGCACUGACGUCGUGCGUGUGCAUUACUGAUUGGUGGCUUUUAAAGGACACACUGCACACUGAAAGGAAGCGAGCAGAAUGUUCUCAAGGAGUGAUUUUUAUUUCUCUCACACUAGGACCCAUGAUGUGAUGCUGCUUCUAUAGGUUGGUAAAUCACAUCCCAUGCCUCUGUUGAUUGACCCUCACGAGAACAGUCAGUCACAUAUAAAUAAAAGUAGUGUUCUGUUCCCCUGCA